AUGCUGAGGACAACAGCCUUCUUUGAUGAAAUCAAAGCGUUGAUGUCUAGAAUACCCAGCCAGCAGGUUAUCAUUGUUGGAUUCGACGGAAAUGCGAAGAUGUUACUCGAACAACAAUUCGAUGUUCUAGGAAAACGGCAUUACCCAGCGGAGCGCACGUCGGAUAGCGGUAACCGAUUGGUCGACCCAUGUGAACAGGCGGACCUCAUCAUCGCUUCCACAUUUCAGGAAUCAUAG